GUGUCGUGAGCUGGACGAAAAUUGCCUCUAAACGCCAUGAAGAUCAAUGAGAAAAAUAUGGUGGCAUUCGCGACCUCUGCGACGCCAGUGGACCGCGAAGGCUGGUUGAACAAACGCGGCGAGAUGAAUCGCGGAUAUCAAAGGCGGUGGUUCGUUCUCAAAGGGAAUAUACUGUUCUAUUUCGACCGUCGCGGUGACAAAGAGCCCGUGGGUAUGAUUGUGCUCGAAGGCUGUACGAUUGAAUUAGCAGAAGACGAGGAGCAGUUUGGCUUCAAGAUAGUUUUUCAUGGACCAAACAACAGAAGCUACGCUUUAGCAGCAGAGUCUCAGGAAUCUAUGGAGCAAUGGAUGAAGGCAUUGGCUUGCGCCAGUUACGAUUACAUGAAACUUAUGGUAACCGAGCUGCAGCGUCAGCUGGAUGCUGUAGAGGAAGAGACGGCAACGUCCACACCUGUGCAACAAUCGCCUAAAGCACCGCCAAGACAACGACAUAAUCCUUUCAACCGACCAGAUUCGCAUCAUCGUUCUCAAAGCGUCAGAUCGGCGCCUGGUAGGACAGAGAACGUACCCAGAACUAGAAUAAGCUUCCGUGAGCUUCACACAGCAUAUGGCAGGCGAAUCCUGGCUGAUCUAAAUGCAUGGAGGCACGCUAGGAAAAACGCGGAAGCACCUCUAAUCACUCUGUAACUUUGCACACGUUUUUGUAGAUACACUUGAUCGAACAAUGUGCAUAAUUCAUGAAAGUUACUGACUCCAGGAGUCCACUAUACACCUAGCGUUAACGGACGUUAAAAGUUUUUAUAAAGAAAAUGACGUCAUUGUAAUCUGUUAUAUUUAGUAUAUAUAACAAAUUACAAAUAGUAUUUACAUAUAACAUAUAGUUUAGUAUACGUGUAACAAUCUAUGUAUAUAUACACGUAAGGAUAACAUUAAUUUAUUAUACGUUUCGAUGAGACCUAACAGUAUUUUGCGUAACGAAUGAGAUCUUCAUCUUGUGACUUCGUUCUUGCGCUGCGAACUCCGAAAUUACUUCUGAGUUAUUCCCGAUCGUUACCGUUAAGCGUCAGUGAUAUAAUUAACACAACGAGAUUAUUUUUGUUAACGUAGCAGAAGAAGUUGUUAGCCACAAAUAAAGUAACGUAAGACGAACAGA